CCCUAAACAAGCUCUCCACCUUCCCCUCCAAAAUUAUGCACUUCUUUCAACGACAUUGCCUUCUCCAAAUUGCCUCCCAGUUUUGGUAAACUGAAAACCCUCACCAUCAUCGUUCGAUUCCAAUCCAUUCAAAAUCGAAUUCAAUUCACGAUCCCUUUCUUUCAGGGUCGCUAUUGAAUUUUGAUAACGUCCCAUUUUUAGCUCUGCCGCCUUCGUUAUUUUACCACCAUCCCUCCAAUUUCUCUGCCUCUCUUUCCCUUUUCUCGGGUAAAAAAACGAAUCGUCAGGAUGAAUGCGGCUGCAACAAAGCCGCUGCCGGGAAUCGCUACUCUGAAGGCGGGAUUCUGGACCUCGCGCGACGCAGACGCCGUGACCAACUUCAACCCGACGAGGAGGAGGAACAAGGGCGAAGGUCGCUGUUUGAGGAUCAAGGCUAUGGAAGAUUCGCCGGCGAGCUCGAACCAAGCGGGGAGGGUUGCUGACCAUAAGGAGUCGUGUUUGGAUGCUGUAUCGGUGAACGGGCAUGCUCACGCCGGGAAUAAUCGCGGCCCACUAUCUACUGUUGGGAAUUCAACAAACAUCAAGUGGCACGAUUGCUCUGUUGACAAAAAUGGAAGGCAAAGGUUGCUGAAUCAGAAAGGUUGUGUCAUAUGGAUCACGGGUCUCAGUGGUUCAGGAAAGAGCACUGUGGCUUGUGCAUUGAGUCAACUCUUGUAUCAAAGAGGGAAGUUGUCUUACAUUCUUGAUGGAGAUAAUGUAAGACACGGUCUAAACCGUGAUCUUAGUUUUAAGGCAGAAGAUCGUGCAGAGAACAUCCGCCGAGUUGGUGAGGUAGCUAAGUUGUUUGCUGAUUCUGGAGUAAUUUGCAUUGCAUGCCUGAUCUCUCCCUACAGAGCGGAUCGGGAUUCCUGUCGUGCUAUGUUACCAACUGGAGAUUUUAUUGAGGUUGAUGCUUAUUACUACCUUGACUCUCUAGUGUUCAUGGAUGUUCCACUCCGAGUUUGUGAAGCCAGAGACCCAAAGGGAUUAUAUAAGCUUGCUCGUGCUGGGAAAAUAAAGGGCUUUACUGGUAUUGAUGACCCAUACGAACCACCAAAAGAUUGUGAGAUUGCACUGAAAUGCGAGUUGGGUGACUGUGCUUCACCGCAACAGAUGGCAGAUAAAGUCGUUAAUUUCUUGGAGGCAAAGGGAUACCUCCAGGCAUGAGAAAAAAAGGUCAUUAUACUAGAACAAGAAAAUUUUACCAAGCACGAAAACAAGCUUGGAAUAUGAACAGCCAUACUUGUUGGUUUACCUCGUCCAUUCCGUUCUCCAGGGAGUUAGUUUAUGCUUUGCGUUGUGUUUUUCUACCCCGGUUUUAUGGUGUUCUUUUGUAUUCUGGCAUCAUCUAUUCGAUUUGUUUGUAUUAUAACUGUUAAGUUGUGAAGAAAGUCUGUAGUAGCAGUAGUAGUAACUAGUAAGAGAAAAGAAAGCGAUGUGUGCUUGUAAUGGUGUUGUGAGUUGGUGUAAAAAGUGGCGGGGGAAGAAACUAACAAGUAAAAGAGGAACUUAUUCAAUUGUAUGUUAGAUUCAUUUUGUUUGUAUCUAACUGAGUGUAGGAGGUAAACACGUGAAUAAGUAGGUGCGAAUAGUGAUCGUAUAAAUUAUAGUAAGUUCAUAAUAAAGUUACAAUGAUUUAUUUAUAGCAUUUACUGUUGUAGGUAAGGAUUAAAUGCAAA